AUGGUGACGUCACUACGCCGGGCGGUGAUUGGCGUCCAAAGGGGACGUAACCACCAGCGCGACGCGGAGUCCCGCUGGCGGGGGGACGCUGAAGGGAGACGGCCGCCUCCCCUGAGGGCUGUGCUUGUUUCAGUGACCGUGGCGGAUUAUGCCAACUCGGACCCGGCCGUCGUGAGGUCCGGACGGGUCAAGAAGGCCGUCGCCAAUGCAGUUCAGCAGGAAGUAAAAUCUCUUUGUGGCUUGGAAGCCUCUCAGGUUCCUGCAGUGGAAGCGCUUUCUGGGGCUGGUGAGUCCUGUGACAUCAUCGACAGCAGUGAUGAGAUGGAUGCGAAGGAGGAGAGCAUCCAUGAGAGACCUGUCUCCAGAAAAAAGAAGAGCAAGAGGCACAGAGAAGACCUGGAUGGGGCUGGAGGAGAAGAGUACCCCAUGGAUAUCUGGCUGUUGCUGGCUUCCUACAUCCGUCCUGAGGACAUUGUGAAUUUUUCCCUGAUUUGUAAGAAUGCCUGGACUGUCACUUGCACUGCUGCCUUUUGGACCAGGUUGUACCGAAGGCACUACACGCUGGAUGCCUCUCUGCCUUUGCGCCUGCGACCAGAGUCCAUGGAGAAGCUGCGCUGCCUCCGGGCGUGUGUGAUCCGAUCUCUGUACCAUAUGUAUGAGCCCUUUGCUGCUCGAAUCUCCAAAAACCCAGCCAUUCCAGAAAGCACGCCCAGCACAUUAAGGAAUUCCAAAUGCUUACUUUUCUGGUGCAGAAAGAUUGUUGGGAACAGACAGGAACCAAUGUGGGAAUUCAACUUCAAAUUCAAGAAACAGUCUCCUAGAUUAAAGAGCAAGUGUGUGGGAGGGUUGCAGCCUCCUGUUCAGUAUGAAGAUGUUCACACCAACCCCGACCAGGACUGCUGCCUCCUACAGGUCACCACCCUCAAUUUCAUCUUUAUUCCAAUCGUCAUGGGGAUGAUAUUCACCCUGUUUACGAUCAAUGUGAGCACAGACAUGCGGCAUCAUCGAGUGAGACUGGUGUUCCAAGACUCUCCUGUCCAUGGUGGUCGGAAACUGCGCAGCGAGCAGGGUGUGCAAGUCAUCCUGGAUCCAGUGCACAGCGUUCGACUCUUUGACUGGUGGCAUCCUCAGUACCCGUUCUCCCUGAGAGCAUAGUCAUGGCGUCCUGUCCCUGUGGGCAGGCUGAGCUAGGCCAGCCCAUCGGUCAUCAGAGUCCCCUGUGGAAGGAUGGCUGGAUUGUUUAUCUGGUUAAUGAUGCACAUGCUCUUCAGGUUCCCAGGGCUCCUGUUGGGGGAAGGAGAAGGGCUGAAUCAAGAGCAGAAACAAUUACGACUUCUAAACAUAUUUUAAUGUAAAAUUUCAUUUGAAAGGAGAAACUGGGCCCUGUUUUCUGGUUAAGCCCCAUCUGGUGCUAUUGAGUUUGUCCUUUAUUCUUUCAUCCCAAUGAAAGUGGACAGUCUUGCUCCAGGAAGGAAUUAGACUCUUGAAUCAAACAAGGAAGUUGAAGCCUCCCCUGUGGAUCAGAGGAACCGUAGGACAUAGAACUGCUGCUACUGUUGCUUCCAGUGUAGCUGCCCCUCAAAUUCAAGUGAAUAUUCUCCCUUUACCCUUCUCCAGAAAUAAAGCAGGUGACAGGGUUUUCAGAAUCUUGCAAGAUUGGCUGUGUAUCUUUCUUUAAAAGUAAUUUUUGGAUAUUUAUCACAUAAAUAUUCUUUUGCCAAUUUUGGAUUUUAGGCAUUUUUUUUGCAUGAGACUGAGAGUAGUGAUGGUAAUGACUUUGUGUCCUUGUUCCUGUACUAGGAACUUUACAUAGUAUCUCUAAUGUCCACAGUCUGUCAAGGUAGGUGAUACUGCUCUCGCAUUCUGUGGUUGAGGAAGUGAAAUCAGUGACGGAGGCAGGACUCCCACCCAGGACCCUCGGCUCUCCCACAGUUAGAAGGUCAGUCUCGUUUUUCUGUGGUAGAUGGUGGCAAAGGGGAGUAGGCAGAGUGCACGCAGAUAAAAAGUCAAAGGUGAGUAAGAAUUUGAUAGUGGUAUACCUUAUCCCUUUUUUCUUAUAACCUAAAGGUGUAUAAGAAGAAAGAGUCUGUUAAAUAUGUGUUUCUAAGUAAAAUAUAAAACAAAUUAGAAAAGUUAUUACAGGAAAGAUAGUGGUAUUUUCAUUGAAUUGUUAGAAAGGCAUUUAUUAUACUGAAGGUCAUUAAAAAAUACAUCCCAUGCUUGAAACCAGCCUCCUGAACUACGAGCACAUUGUGAUGUUCCUGCUUGGCCCUGUCAUCCUGUGUGUCGUUACUGCAGAAACCUGUUGUCAGAGGACUUGCUGUAGCUGGUAUGUCUGAGAAGAGGAACAUGGCUGGGAUGUUUUAUUUUGUUUUGUUUUUGCUGACAAGAUAACCUUGCUGCUUUCUGCCACCCCACCCCCACCACAAAUUAGCCAGUGAGCUAGAUAUUGCCAUGAGGUAGGCGUUAAGAUGACACUCUUUAGACAGGAAAAUCUUGUGGGGGCAGUUGCUACCAUAUUGCUAAAUUGGUGGUCUUUCCUUACCAUCCUCCCUGCCCCCUGCUAUUUAAGGACUGUUUAGGGAGCAUCUGCUGAAUACUGCUGAUAGCUAACCUUACCCCACACAGAAGGUAGAACUGAAGCUGUUCACACAGAAAGUGAGCCUGGGUCCAUGAAAAUCAGAAUUUGGGCAUUUAAAUGUUAAAAAAUAAACAAAACCCAAGGACAGUAAGCACCUUGCACAUCUCUACAUUCAAACGUUGCCUCUGAGGCAGAAGAGAAGCACAGAUCCCUAGUUCCCUGAACUAAAGAUUCCAUGGAGCAGAAGGGGGCUCUCCUGGUGGAUUGCAUGUCCCCCAUUUAGGAGUUCCCUUUAAAAGGGGGAGUGAAAUGCUUUUGGCAUAAUAAUUGUGUUCUGGCUCAGAUUCUGAGUUUUUGUAUCAAACCCUGUGGUAUGAUGAUAGAUAAAAUAUUAGAUGUUGCCUCAGCUGUUCUCUCAGCUUACUGUUUGCAAAACACUUGGUAAAGCGUUACCAGGGCUUUAGCUUUCCCUCUUCACUGGCUGAGUUGCCAUUUCUAGGGUGAUUCCUGUUUAUUAGUGAAAGGAUGUGAAGUGUCGCAGGGACUUCCUUUUGAUGAGACCCCUAAACCACCUGGAGAAGAGUUGGGACUUUCUGGACUACUUAUGUAAUUUUCCUUAAAUAUAUACAUUGACUUAGCUCUGA